AUGCCAUUGAUCAUGGAAGAUAGUAUUGAUGUCGAUGAUCUUUUUGGGGGAUCCAACUUCCCUGGAGCUAGGGCUGGAAGCCACAGCGCCUACCAUCAAAGGGCUACCCCAAAGACUCGACGAGCUACGGCUUUCGGGAUGUUAAAAAUUGCAUGGUCAAAGCUUGGGGCAAUUGCGUACGUCUCACAAGACGGUCAGAGAGUCCAUCUGCGAUAUCUCUAUUGUAGACCAGAUGACGGCAAAUGGACAUUGAGUGAUGAAGCCCCUAUUAAUCAGAUCACUGAUCCCCACGGCGUCCACGCCAUAGUCCAUCUUCUUUGGAACGAGGCUGGGUCCGAACUGGCCAUCGUGGAUAGCUCUGGACGCAUCUCAAUUGUCACGAUUUUGACGACACUGAAUACGAUUAAUUUCGCACGGCAAGCAUCUAUAGACCCUGAUGAUGAUUGGGCCCAGCCUGUUGGGUUGAUGUGGUUAAGUGUGAACCGACCGCUCUUUGGCUUCCAUAAGGCAACACGGACGGAUGAUAGAUGGAGCUAUCCAGCACAUCGAAGGCGCCCUCUGGGGCCUCUGCAUCCCGUUAAUAAGUCUGGCCUGGUCCUGGUGACCAAAUCCGGUCACAUUAAAAUCAUCUACCAGAAUCCAGACAUGAGAUGGGCGGAGAUAUCCACGGAAUUGACGUCUAUUGGGUAUUCAGAUGGGAUAUUGACGCAUGCCGCCAUGGCACCAGCGGAAGGAAGCGGGAUUUCCAUCGCGACCCAUUCAGAAUGCAGGGAAAUAUGUUUUUACCGUGUUCAAGUUAGAUGGGAUCCUCCAGAGUGGGAUCAAACGCUUAAACAGGGUGGUCAGCCCAAUCCAUUCCCAACUCCCAGUUUUCAAAUAUUGCGCACCAAGACCGAUACUCUGAGUGACGUUUUCCAUCCGCCGGUCCACGACACGGAAAACUUAUCAGAUUUCUCAGCGGCCAACGGGGCAGUUUACAGGGUUACUCAUCUUGAGAUAAUAACCGCACCUCAGGUUCUUCCAGGAGCACAGAGUGCUUCCGGUCCCUGCGUAUUAGCUCUUGCUUCCAUCCCCGUUCAUAGUCAACUUGGUCAACCACAUCCUUCUGUGCCCUCGAGCGUUCUUAUCCGAUGGCAGCUAGACACAAUGGCUCAGACCUUACACCCAAGCUUUGACGAUGUUGCAUCGAACAAAACUGCUGCUAACCCCAAGUCUAAAAUAGCCUUCAGGAGACAAGAGGACAUCUAUUUCGACAGAUUUGUGGUAUCAAUCGACCACAUGGAAGCCGGCGGCGUGGUUGUCAUCACAUACGAUGAUAGCUCCAUAUCGUUUUUUGAUGCUAAAACCAUGAGACCCGUCAAUGAGAAUGAGGACGUGAAUGUUGUGACGAGCAUGCCAAAUGCUGGAUUCACUUUUCCAAUUGACGCGUCAGGCCUUCACAUCGCAUUUUCACCGAGUGGUUGCCUGGCGGUGGUUCUUGAUGGGGAAUGGCAGAUGCAUUUGCGGUACAUGGAACAUUCGUAUGGUAUGGAAGAUGGAAUGUAUAACAACGAUAAAUUCACAUGCGCAAUAGCAGCACUUGCUUUGGGGUAUGUUAGAGCAUGUGGGAGUGAUACGAGUGCGGACGAUAUACUUUCAGUGAUCGUAAGACAGCUUAAUCCUGAUGCGCAAAUGUCUUUUGUCACAGAAGUCUAUUCAAUUUUAUUCAUGAGCGUCGACUUUACUGAGCAAGAUAAAUUGGUAAACAACCAGUCUAUCCAAAAGGGGCUCAGCAUGCAAGCCGUUCUUGGGUUCAGAUCCCGAUUCCAGCCACGAGCUCUAACAUCCGCCGUUCCUUGGAUAAUAUUAAAUAUUCGGCAGAUUAUGCUACUGAUUUUAACCUUUUCACACUACCUCAAGAGUGGUAGAGAAUCGACUCCAUGUGAGCCUGAGGUACUCCGCAUGGUUCUGGGAAAUGUCAAGUGGAUCCUUGACCUUGCAAAAUAUUUGGUCGACAACCUUUUCGAAAUCGCUGAUACCAUCCCAACCGAUCGAAGCUCGUUUUCUCUAUCAAGCAAAACCUACGAAUCCCUCUCCCUAGUCCUAAUCCUCUCUAGCGUGCCCCGUUCUUUUCUCCGCCACAUAUUCCGCUACCUCAAUCGCUUCCCUCUAACUUUCAAAGCCGCCAACAAUCUAAGCGGUGAAUCCUACCAGAUUUUCGCCAGCAUAAGCGACACCAUCGAACAAGCAUCCCUAAAGCCUGACGUAUGUGAAAAGAUGCUUGCGCACAUCGAUAGCCUCGUCGCGCGCUCCUACCAAGCCGCGGGUUUCAGCAACGCGGAACGAAACGCCCCCGAACGCGAACUAUUAAUCACCUGCAGCAUCCCGCCGGUCCUUCAGCCGGUCAUCAUGUCGAUAUUGACGGAGACGAUGCCUCUGGUAGUUCGACCGGAGGUUGACAGAAUGGCACUGGCACUGUAUGAUUAUAGUUGGUUGGGGAUUGGGGAUGAUAAGAGGACAGAGCUGUUCAAGCGGACGCAUGAUGUGGAUAUUUUGAAGAGGAAUGUGGGGCGAUUGUUGGAUGGGUCUGUGGCGAAGCGGAGAUGUGUACGCUGCUGCGAAAUUUCGGAGGAUGUCUCGUUGCCGAGAUCGGUUGGUAUGUAUAGGUGGAUUGGGAAGAUUGGGGUGCUGAGGAUGUGCGUUUGUGGGGGGUUGUUUGCGAUGGAGAAUGUGGAGAGGUUGAAUCAGGUGCCGUUUCCGGUGUAUAGGUAG